AUGAAGAAGACAGGGAGAGGGAAAGAGAGAAUAACAUCUCAAAAAGAAGAAGAUGGAACAGUGAGGAAAGGGCCAUGGACUAUGGAAGAAGAUUUGAUCCUCUUUAAUUACAUCCUUAAUCAUGGUGAAGGUCUUUGGAACUCCGUCGCCAAAGCCUCUGGUCUCAAACGUACGGGAAAAAGUUGUCGGCUCAGGUGGCUGAACUAUCUCCGCCCAGAUGUUCGUAGAGGGAACAUAACAGCAGAAGAGCAGCUUUUGAUCAUUCAACUUCAUGCCAAGCUUGGAAACAGGCCAGUCUUAGUGGUCGAAGAUUGCAAAACAUCUACCAGGGAGAACGGACAACGAAAUAAAGAAUUUCUGGAGGACAAAGAUUCAGAGACACAUGAAACUGUCGUCGUCGGAAACUAUGAAUAA